AGCAUCAGAAUUGCUGGAUCUCGUCCAGCUCCGGCUGUUUAUCCUUAAUCCAGGUUUUACUUCUGGUUGCCUGCUAGGCUUUUUUUCUCCUCUGCCUCUCUCUCUCCCUCUCCCCUAUCGCUCCUCCCUUUUGCAAUCCUAUAUUAACAAGCUAAGCUGGGAAGAAGGAACACAGUUCAUUGUUGGCAACUACAGAUGCCUUUAGCUGAAGAGUGAGGGAUCCUAGCUCUCUGCAGCAAGAUCACAUUACAGGGUCACCCAUUAGACUACAAAGGGGAGAGCUGCUCAACCUUCCUAUAUGCUGACUUUUACUGCCUGAUCCUUGUACAAGCAGUAUUUUGGGAUCAAUCGCAAGGGGUGUGCAAUGGCCGACCAUAUGAUGGCAAUGAAUCACGGCCGAUUUCCAGAUGGAACAAAUGGUCUUCACCACCAUCCAGCUCAUCGAAUGGGAAUGGGUCAAUUUCAGAAUCCUCACCACCAUCAACCGCAGCAACACUCUUUUAACAGUUUAAUGGGUGAGCACCUGCACUAUGGAGCAGGGAACCUAAACUCAAACAAUGGCAUCAGGCAUGCCAUGGUGGCUGGGAAUGUAAAUGGUGGCCAUCCGAAUAACGGCAUGGCUCAGGCAGCGAGAUUUAACAAUGCACAGUUUAUGGGACCCCCUGUGACAAAUCAAGGAGCUCAGCUGACUGCUAGCAUGCAACUUCAGAAGCUGAACAACCAAUAUUUUACGCAUCAUCCGUACCAGCACAAUCAUUACAUGCCGGACUUGCAUCCUGCAAAUCAUCAGAUAAAUGGAACAAACCAGCAUUUCAGAGACUGCAAUCCAAAACACAACUCUGGCAUGUCUCCUUCAGUCAGCCACGUACCUGCUGCAAUGCUGCCUCCUAGUGUCAUAGACACGGACUUCAUAGACGAGGAAGUACUAAUGUCCUUGGUGAUAGAAAUGGGAUUGGAUCGGAUCAAGGAAUUACCUGAGCUUUGGCUAGGACAGAAUGAAUUUGAUUUUAUGACAGACUUUGUUUGCAAACAACAACCAAACAGAGUAAGCUGUUAGAAUUGCCAUUUGGGGAAUAAAACAAAGACCUUGAACAUUCCUCUAUGGACAACAAAUCUUUCUUCCAGAGUCCACUAUUAAUCUGUACAGAAUUUUUAUUUUUCCCAUGAUUCCUGCAUUUUACUCAGCUUGUUCCCUGCAAAGUCGGUUAAUUGAGCCACUUUCUUCCUUAUGUAGGGCAUCUGAGCUCAUGUUCCUCUACCUUUAUAGCAAAUAAUCCUAGACCCCCAGUUUUAAUCUGUCUUGAAAAGUCAAUUUUCACUUUUCUUAUUUAUUUUCUCUUUUUACUCUUAUGCUUGACUAUAUCAAAAUGAAGAGCGAUGGUUUUUGGUUGCAUGAACCUUCGAUGCUGCCAUAUUGCUUCAUUUAAUCUAUGCAUUGGCUUUUUUCCUUCCCACCCUGCCUCCCACAUUCUAUGUAUGCUAAACUGGAAGUUUAACAAUUAUGGGCCAAACCUUGCUGGAUUAGGAUGUCCUACUGUUUAUUUAACUUGUAUUUUUUUAAUAUUGGUUUCACCCUUUAUGUACAGACAAGUGUGGGUGGAAUUGAAUCAGUGGAAAACAUUAUUAUUAUUUUUUUUUUUCCUGGUUUUCAAAAUGUUUGACACUGUGCUAAUAGUUACUUUAGUUCAUGAGAAAUACUACUGUGUUGAAAGCUUUUUAGGAAAUUUGACAGUAUUUUUGUACAAAACCAUUUUUUUGAGAAAAUACUUGUUAAUUUAUUAUAUUUUAAUUUGCCAAUGUCAAUAAAGAGCUGCAAUGUGCACUAUU